CCGCCCCGCCCCCCUCGAGGCCCCGCCCCCGCCCGCCGACGUCUGCGCGCGAAGUCGGUGGCGGGAAUCUGCGACGGCGGCCGCGGCAGCCAGCGGCUCUCGGCCGAUGCCUGGACAGCGGCGCGCGGGGCCGACACGGGGAACAGGCAGCAGGCAAGGAGAGAAGCAGGAGAACCCCACCGCCAUCAUGCAGCGGAGUAUCAUGUCGUUUUUCCAGCCCCAGAAAGAGGGUAAAGUGAAGAAGCCCGAGAAGGACAUCUCCCAAGAGACAGAGUCCCUGUCUAACAGGGCAUUGAAGGAACGCAAUGGAGCAUUCCCUGAGGGUGACUCGCCAGUGAAGAGGCCCAAGAGGAAGGUGACCCGAGUGCUUGGCAGCGAAGGGGAGGAGGAGGAUGAAGCCCUCACGCCCCCCAGAGGCCAGGCCUCCCCGCCCAGUCCUGACCCUGUGGCACCCAGUAGCCCUGCUCUGCCCAGCCUGUCUCCCGUGGACAUUUCCCCGCAGGCCUCGCCACCCAGUCCCGACCCUGCGGUGCCCAGCAGCCCUGCUCCGCCCAGCUCAUCUCCCGUGGACAUCUCCCCAUCAGGGAUCCCCAAGCGUCGCACAGCUCGGAAGCAGCUUCCAAAACGCACAAUUCAGGAUGUCCUGGAAGAACAGGGUGAGGAUGGGCCUGGAGUGGCCAAGAGGAAGCGGAGCGAGAAAGCAGAAGCAGAGCCCUCAAGGGGGAGCCACUCCCACACUGAGGCGGAGGAGGAGGGGGGCCAGCCCUCGCCUCGCCCUGAAGCCGAGUCCCCGGCCCCCAGAGCCGCAGCGCCUGAGGUGGCUGGGAAGCAGGAGCCCCAGGAACCCCAGGAGGACACCCAGACCCCGCUGUUGCCCAGAGCUCCCAAGACUCUGAGCAGCUUUUUUGCCCCCCGGAAACCGACAGUCAAAAAGGAAGUGAAAGAGGAGGCAGCGGAGACGCCGGGAAAGGAGGGGGCGAAGGGACCUCCGGAGCCAGCCUGCUACAACCCGGCCAAGGGCGGCUACCACCCCGUGGACGAUGCCUGCUGGCGGCCUGGGCAGAAGGUUCCUUACCUGGCGGUGGCCCGCACCUUUGAGAAGAUCGAGGAGGUUUCUGCUCGGCUCCGGAUGGUGGAGACGCUGAGUAACCUACUGCGCUCCGUGGUGGCCCUGUCACCCUCAGAUCUCCUGCCCAUCCUCUACCUCAGCCUCAACCGCCUCGGGCCGCCACAGCAGGGUCUGGAGCUGGGCGUGGGGGAUGGCGUCCUCCUCAAGGCAGUUGCCCAGGCCACAGGGCGGCAGCUGGAGUCGGUGAGGGCUGAGGCCGCCGAGAAGGGGGACGUGGGGCUGGUGGCCGAGAGCAGCCGUAGUACGCAGCGCCUCGUGCUGCCCCCACCACCCCUCUCGGCCUCUGGGGUCUUCGCCAAGUUCCAGGACAUCGCCCGGCUCUCGGGCACUGCGUCCACCACGAAGAAGAUGGAAAUCAUCAAAUGCCUGUUCGUUGCCUGCCGCCACUCUGAAGCCCGCUACAUUGCCAGAGCCCUGAGCGGGCGGCUGCGCCUGGGGCUGGCCGAGCAGUCGGUGCUGGCAGCCCUCGCCCAGGCCGUGAGCCUCACGCCCCCAGGACAAGGGACGCCCCCUGCUGUGGUGGAUGCUGGGAAGGGCAAGACCACAGAAGCUAGAAAGAUGUGGCUGGAGGAGCAGGCCAUGACCCUGAAGCAGACCUUCUGCGAGGUGCCCGACCUGGACCGCAUCGUCCCGGUGCUGCUGGAGCAUGGCCUGGAGCAGCUCCCGGAGCACUGUAGGCUGAGCCCAGGAACACCCCUGAAGCCCAUGCUGGCUCACCCCACUCGGGGUGUCAGUGAGGUCCUGAAGCGCUUUGAGGAGGCGGCUUUCACCUGCGAGUACAAGUAUGAUGGACAGAGAGCGCAGAUCCAUGUUCUGGAGGGAGGGGAGGUGAAAAUCUUCAGCCGGAAUCAGGAGGACAAUACUGGAAAGUAUCCCGACAUCAUCAGCCGCAUCCCCAAGAUCAAGCUCCCCUCAGUCACAUCUUUCAUCCUGGAUACUGAAGCUGUGGCAUGGGACCGGGAAAAGAAGCAGAUCCAGCCAUUCCAAGUGCUCACCACCCGAAAGCGCAAGGAGACGGAUGCAGCAGAGAUCCGGGUGCAGGUGUGCCUGUAUGCCUUCGACCUCAUCUACCUCAAUGGAGAGUCCCUGGUCCGGGAGCCCCUGUCCCGGCGCCGGCAGCUGCUCCGCGAGAACUUCGUGGAGACGGAGGGCGAGUUCGUCUUUGCCACGUCCCUGGACACCAAGGACACGGAGCAGAUCGCUGAGUUCCUGGAGCAGUCGGUGAGAGACUCCUGCGAGGGGCUGAUGGUAAAGACCUUGGACGUCGAUGCCACCUACGAGAUCGCCAAGAGGUCGCACAACUGGCUCAAGCUGAAGAAGGACUACCUGGAGGGCGUGGGCGACACUCUGGACCUCGUGGUCAUCGGUGCCUACCUGGGCCGUGGCAAGAGGGCUGGCCGCUACGGGGGGUUCCUGCUGGCCGCCUACGAUGAGGAGAGCGAGGAGUUCCAGGCCAUAUGCAAGCUUGGGACCGGCUUCAGCGAUGAGGAGCUGGAGGAGCAUCACCAGCGCCUGCAGACGCUGUUGCUGCCCGCACCCCGCUCCUAUGUGCGGGCGGAGGGCGCCGUGGCCCCUGACCAUUGGCUGGAGCCCAGCACCGUGUGGGAGGUGAAGUGCGCAGACCUCUCCCUGUCCCCCAUCUACCCUGCAGCCCGUGGUCUGGUGGACAGUGAGAAGGGCAUCUCCCUUCGCUUCCCUCGGUUCAUCCGUGUGCGGGAUGACAAGAAGCCAGAGCAGGCCACCACCAGUGCCCAGGUGGCCUGUCUGUACAAGAAGCAGAGUCAGAUCCAGAACCAGCAAGGAGCAGAGUCCGACUCAGACCGGGAAGAUUUCUACUAGGCCCCGCCUCUGGCCGGGCCGAACUGCAGGGCUGCGGUUAGCACAGCUGGGGCCACUGCGUGGGUUCUAUGUGGGGGUUUGGCAGGACUCUGGGGUCUGUUUAGUUGAAUAAAUGUUGAUGGCAGACUCCCCCCGUGUCAGGGCUGCUGCGGCCAGGGUGCAGCUCUGAUGGGCAGAGAGCUGUGUUCAGUCACAUGCCUCCUGGUCCCAAGGUGGUGGCUCCAGCUCCCCCCAUCAUAUCUGAGAAGGGCUGUCAUCACCAGCUGCCCUUAUGGUCAGAAAAGCAUAGUAUUGGCAGCGUGCCAGGCCUGUGUCAGACGUGAGAAGCCAGGACACCCUGGUCUGCCCUCCCGGACUCAGGUGUACACAGUUCUGUGGUGGGCAGCAGAGCGAGGACUCACACAGGCCACUGCGGUGUGUGUGCUGGAGCCAGUCCACCCAGCUACGCCAGGGCAAGCCUCAUCCCUUCCCGGGAUGUGCUGUCACCGUCAGAUGCAGCUCUGACUCUGGUCCCCGGCAGGAGUGGACGCAUGCACUGAAUUUAUAUGAAGCCACAGCCAAGCGUGAGCCACUGGUGGUACUCGUGGGUUCCAGCAUGUUCACAGAUAUGGCACCAUUUGAGUCUCUCACCCUCAGAGGCCUGUUGCGAGUGCUCCCUUGCGCCGUGUGGCUGCUGCUCUGCCCAGCAGGAUGUGGACACCCCACAGAGCAGGAGGUUUUGUGCAAGGCAGAACCGGUUCACUCUCAGCCGGUUCCUGCCCCCACACUCACAGUGUGAGGUGUUGGAGCUACAGCCCAGCCCCACACAGCCAUGUCUGUGCGUGCAUGUGUGUUCAUCUGUGUGUUCAUCUGCACAUGAGUAUCUAGUGUGGAUGCCACCAUAGAAGGCUUUUUAUUUCUUGCUAAGAAUUCCUGACAUAUCUUUCCCUUAAAGGACGGGCAAAUUAAUAUGGGUUUGGAUAAUCAGAAUAAAUGCUUAUGGGACAGUUGGUUCUCAUGAGGUGUGAAGGGAUCCUGAGUCACGC